CAGGUUCAAAGAUACAAACAACCAUUCUCGCACUGCACUCGUCAUAAACAGACUGUGAACUCAUUUCACUUUUUUUUAUCAAGUCCGGACUUUGUUGAACAGCGAUGGGACGUGAGUCGAGACACUACAGGAAGCGCUCCUCGUCUCGUGGACGGUCAGGUAGCCGAUCGAAGAGUCGCUCACCGGACAAACGUUCCAAGAAAGACGACCGCGACCGAGACAGAAGCCGGAGAGAGAGGUCACGGAGCCGGGACCGCCGCAAGUCCCGCUCCCGAGACAGAAAACGACCAAGGCGGUCCAGGAGUAGAGACAGAAGGAGGUCAUCCAGGAGCAGAGACAGACGGAGGUCAAGGAGCAGAAGCAGAACCCGUAGGUCUCGAUCCAACAGCCCCAACAAGAGCAGAAAAACAGAUGAAAAAUCAAGGAGCAAAGAAAAAGACAACAUCGAUCCUUUAUCUGACAAGAAAAAAGCUAAAGAGGAGAAAGAGGAUGAGAAGGUUGAGGAUCAAGACUUUGACCAGAACAAACUGGAGGAGGAGAUGAGGAAGAGGAAGGAGCGAGUUGAGAAGUGGAGGGAAGAGCAGAGGAAGAAGGCCAUCGAAAACAUUGGCGAGAUCAAGAAAGAGCUGGAGGAGAUGAAGCAGGGCAAGAAGUGGAGCUUGGAGGAUGAUGAUGACGACGACGACGACGGUUCAGCACCAAUAGAGGGAGAUGAUGACGAAGAUUUGGAAGGGAAAGAGGAGAGAAACGAAAGUGAGAUAAAAGAGGAGAAGAAAGAAGAGGGAGAGAAAGAGAUGGAGACUCCUGAGUUACAGGAGGCCGAGGAGGAUGACGUCGAUCCUCUGGACGCUUACAUGGAGGAGGUGAAGCAAGAGGUGAAGAAGUUCAACAUGGGAGGAAUGAAGGGAAACGAUAAAAAAGGAGCUAUGACCGUAACCAAAGUGGUGACUGUUGUUAAAACAAAGAAAGGACCCCACACUCACAAGAAGAAGGGUGAGCUGAUGGAGAAUGAUCAGGACGCCAUGGAGUACUCAUCCGAGGAGGAGGAGGUGGAUCUGCAAACGGCUCUGACAGGUUUCCAGACCAAACAGAGGAAAGUAUUGGAGCCUGUCGAUCACGGGAAGAUCCAGUACGAGCCGUACCGCAAAAACUUCUAUGUGGAGGUGCCUGAGCUGAUGAGGAUGACUCAGGAAGAUGUGAACGCAUACAGGUUGGACCUGGAAGGCAUUACUGUCAAAGGGAAGGGCUGCCCUAAACCAAUCAAAACCUGGGUGCAGUGCGGGGUCUCUAUGAAGAUCCUCAAUGCUAUGAAGAAGCACAGCUAUGAGAAGCCCACCCCAAUCCAGGCCCAGGCCAUUCCUGCCAUCAUGUCUGGCCGAGACCUCAUUGGCAUCGCCAAGACUGGCAGUGGAAAAACCAUAGCCUUCCUGUUACCCAUGUUCAGACACAUCAUGGACCAGAGGCCCCUGGAAGAAGCAGAGGGACCGAUCUCUGUAAUAAUGACUCCGACAAGAGAGUUGGCGCUGCAGAUCACCAAGGAGUGUAAGAAGUUCUCUAAACCGCUGGGACUCAGGGUGGUGUGUGUUUAUGGUGGCACUGGUAUCAGCGAACAGAUUGCUGAGCUGAAGAGAGGAGCGGAGAUCAUUGUGUGCACACCAGGGAGAAUGAUUGACAUGCUGGGGGCCAACAGUGGUCGAGUUACCAACCUGCGCAGAGUAACCUAUGUGGUGCUGGAUGAAGCAGACAGAAUGUUUGACAUGGGCUUUGAGCCGCAGGUGAUGCGUAUUGUGGACAACGUGCGUCCUGACCGUCAAACAGUCAUGUUUUCAGCUACCUUCCCCAGAGCCAUGGAGGCCCUGGCUCGCAGGAUCCUGGCUAAACCUAUUGAGGUCCAGGUGGGGGGCCGCAGCGUUGUGUGCUCUGAUGUGGAACAACAUGUGCUGGUGAUUGACGAGGACAAGAAGUUCCUGAAGCUCCUGGAGAUUCUGGGUCACUACCAGGAGAAGGGUUCAGUGAUUAUCUUUGUGGACAAACAGGAGCAUGCAGACGCACUGCUAAAAGACCUGAUGAAAGCCUCAUACCCAUGCAUGUCACUCCAUGGAGGAAUCGACCAGUAUGACAGAGACAGCAUCAUCAAUGACUUCAAGAAUGGAGCUUGUCGUCUGAUGGUGGCCACCUCCGUGGCUGCUCGAGGCCUGGACGUCAAGCAGCUGAUCUUGGUGGUCAACUACAACUGUCCCAACCACUACGAGGACUACGUCCACAGAGCCGGGCGCACGGGCCGAGCGGGUAAUAAGGGAUACGCCUACACCUUCAUCACAGAAGACCAGGUCCGCUAUGCCGGUGACAUCAUCAAAGCCUUGGAGCUGUCGGGGUCUCCUGUCCCACCAGAGCUGGAGCAGCUUUGGGCCUCGUUCAAAGACCAACAGAAAGCGGAGGGUAAGACCAUUAAAAGCAGCAGUGGCUUCUCAGGGAAAGGCUUCAAGUUCGAUGAGACGGAACAUGCUCUGGCCAAUGAGAGGAAGAAGCUGCAGAAAGCUGCUCUCGGGCUGCAGGACUCUGAUGAUGAGGACGGUGCGCUGGAUAUUGAAGAGCAAAUCGAGAGCAUGUUCAACUCCAAGAAGAGAGUGAAGGAUCUGUCUGCUCCUGGCGCGGCCUCCGGGGCCUCCGGCGCUGUUGCCACCUCCACAUCGGCCACCUCAGGAGGAGGACUGCCAGGUCUGGGACCCACAUCUGCGGGAAACAUCCAGAAACUGGAGAUGGCCAAGAGGCUGGCGCUCAAGAUCAACGCUCAGAAAAAUCUGGGAGCGGAGGCUCAGGACGUGAUGCAACAGGCCACGAAUGCCGUCCUGCGCGGCGGCACCAUCAUGACGCCCUCGGUGUCUGCCAAAACCAUCGCGGAGCAGCUGGCUGAGAAGAUCAAUGCCAAGCUGAACUACACCCCCGUGGAGAAGCUGGAAGAGGAGCGGCAGGCAGCUGAACAGGCAGAGACUGUCAGGAGAUACGAAGAGGAGCUAGAGAUAAACGACUUCCCUCAGACUGCCAGAUGGAAGGUUACAUCUAAAGAAGCUCUGCAGAGGAUUGGUGAAUACUCUGAAGCUGCAAUCACCAUCAGAGGAACCUAUUUCCCUCCAGGCAAAGAGCCAAAGGAAGGAGAACGCAAGAUCUACCUGGCAAUAGAGAGCGCUAACGAACUGGCUGUGCAGAAAGCCAAAACAGAGAUUACGAGGUUAAUCAAGGAAGAACUUAUCAGAUUACAAAAUUCCUACCAGCCAACGAGCAAAGGUCGGUACAAAGUGCUGUAGAGGAGAAACCAAGGCUCACUGGAGGAGUUUCCAUUUCUCAUCUUCUUGUCUCCUGUCAUUUAUCUCACAUGUUCAAUCUGUAUUGGUUUAAAAAUAUGUUAGUCUAUAUUUUUAAUAAUGGGUACAAAAAACAAAAAGCCCUUUUCUAAUUAUUCUCAUUUUGUUUGAGUUUGUAUGUUGACAAAAUACCAAAAUCAUCAAACCAUCACUUCUUCAAUAAGUUAAAUACAAUGUGUCUUUAAAUAGAAGACAUAUUUUCUUUGGUGUUGAGACAUUUUUUGGGGGUGGGAGGGGUCAAAUGUCAGUACUGUGUAAAAGUCUUAGGCCAUAGCAACAUGUAUGCAGUUGUAAAAAGUUUUGUUUGUCCUGACGAAUAUCUGAUGGGAAAAAGUUCUACGACACCACAUUUAAGUUUGAGUGUCUCUCUCACACACACACACGUGUGUUGUAUGAGUUAAACUCAUACAGCCUGCUUAUAUAUAAGACUCACUUUCAAAUGCCAGUGAUCACAGAAUGUGAAAUUCAAACAACAAAGCUGUUUAAUUAAAUCCCAUAAAGACUUUUGCACAGUGCUGUCUGUUGUAUGUAAAAGCCACAAACCAGCCAUUGUCUUUAUAAUGAAACCCUCACAUUAAAGAUGUGUUUUUUUACUUUCCCUCAGAAUAAAACAACUAUGAUGUUGAAUGUGAAAACAA